GUCGACUCGUCGUUGAAUUAUAAUUAUUCUUUCUGACUCACAAGCCACAAACAUAAAAUUUCCCAAUCUAGAUCUGACAACCGAUAUUUCUGCAUGUCCAAGUUCUAUAUGGAACAUCCUGCCUUGCUGUCCACGGAAAUAUCAAUGUAGCUGAUAUGAUACCCUACAUAAGUAUUCUCCAAAUGCUCUCAUGAUCCGAGGUCAGUACUUGUUGUAUCUUUUGGGGCUGCCAUGCUCCGCGGCAUGGGUUGCGUGGACGGCGAAGCUUAGAAAGGGCGAAAAUGAAUGCACUCAUUGGUGGAGCCUUACCUAUCAAAAUCACGCCCUGCACUGUUGGGUAUUGGAGCAAAGGAACAGGAGGUGCUGGGUGACGGCAGUAAGAAGAAAAAACGGAGAGGAGAGGAGAAACGGUAUAUCCCACUUGUGAGACAGGAGAGCAGUGGGGAGGAAAGCAGGAAUGGGGGUGGGACUGUUUCGAGGAAGGUUUCGCUGUCACCUGAUAGAGCAGUAGGAGGGAUGAUGAUCAUGAUGACCGUGACCCUAGGAGAGAAAGUGAUCGCGAUAGGCGACGAGAACGCGACCGUGAGGGUCGACAGGACAGAGACCAAGAUGACAGGAGGGGAAGAGACGGUAGUAGAAGGGACGACGACAGGGACUUGA